CUGUACGUAAUGUAUUUUUAGCUGUUGUCCAAUUUUCGUCUCCCCCCACCGGUUACAAAAACCGAAUUAUUCCUAUCUGUCCCCCUGAUUUGUCCCCUCAGGGGGACCUACUUUAAUUAUAUUAUUAAGAUUACAACAAACUCUCAAAAUGAUAAAUAAAGAAAACUGCAUCAAUAUCAUCGUUAUCUCUUAUCAAAAAUUAUUUAUCAGCAGGGUUUUUGUGAAUCGGAAAUAAUAUUCAGUAAGGUAUUCUUUAAUCUAAGUGUAGGUACGUAUAGUGAUAAAAAUGGCGCUCAAAAAAGCGGAGUUAAGCCUGAAAUCUAUGAGAAAUCUGAUGUUGAUGAUUACGACAAAGUUUAUGAUACUGGCAUGUGUCAUGAUCGCCUUGGGAUUUGGAGUGUAUUCUUAUUACCACACAUUCUCGUUCUUCCAAGAGGGCGUCAAAAGCGGAAGAUUUUUCACGCCCGCCCUAAUAACUUUUCUGCUGGGCGUAUUCCUACUCGUCGUCACACUGUUUGGAUUUUUUGGUACUUUGAAACAGAGUACUUGCCUGGUGAAUCUGUAUGCCCUACUUUUGGGUCUUAUGAUAAUACUGAAGGUGGUUGUGGUCAUACUGGCGUUUUCAUUAGACCCUUGGAGAAUAAGGGAAGCGUUGUACAUACCGAUCUCACAAUAUGUUUCGGACCUAGAAAUUGAAAUGGAAAUCAACCGCCUCCAAGUAUCCCUCGACUGCUGCGGCAGUGAAUCGUUCUUCGACUACGUCGGUAUGGAGUUCACUAGCAACCAGGACACAACGGUCGCCCUUGUCCCGUACCAAGAGAGCGUCGUGGAAGUGGUGGUCCCGGCGACUUGCUGCGCCAAACAAAACGAAGGGGUAUGCUUCACACUGAGGCCUCGAGGCUGCAAGACGGCGUUGAUUGACAUGUUUAUGCACCAUUCUGGCGUGAUUGGCAUUUUGGGGAUGUGUGUUACGAUUAUGAAGGUGCUGGGUAUAAUAUUCUCCUUAUUGCUAGCCCGGUGUAUACGCAAAGCGAAGAGUGAGAGAGGUCUAAUGUCGUGGACAAUCACUGAGCAGUCGAUAUUGGCAAGACAGGACGAGAUAGCCAAUCAAACGGGAGACCAAUCGGGCAACCAAUCUGAGACCCAAGCAGGAAACCAUCAGGCGGUUACAAAUGACGGUGCCAGUGGAGAAGUACCUACAGCUACACAUAUAGAAGUCCCAAGAUUCUAGCACAAUAUUUAAACAGAAAAUAUCUUUUCACAAUUGGCUCCAACAAUAAACAGUAGAAUCCGUCUUAUCAUCACCGUCAACCGAUAGACGAUAAACGCUGGAUGUCUCUUGUAGGGACUUCCACACGGCACGGUGUUGCGCCGCCUGAAUACAGCGGCGCACUAUACCUCUCUAACACUAAAGCACUUCAUCUUUAUUACAUUCUGUCCUAUCCUAACCCUCCUCAUUACUUAAAUAUCGAUCUAUAAGUAUCUACUUAAUCUAGCUAAGUAACAACUCCUAGAUAUCCUAGAUAGAUAGCAUAGAAGAUCCUAGCAUAGAAUCUUCUAUGCUAAUACUUUUAUUGCUACACAGCUUUGGAACACAUUCCCCUUUCUAUCGCUUCCUCAUCAUUUACUUCGAUACAAUCUAUUUAGUUAUCUAAAUC